CAAGAGACAUUGAACUCUAAGUCGUCUCCAGCUGAAGGAAAACAGCCAACACUUCCCUACAGUGUAAAUUCAAACAGGGGGAAAAUGAACAUCACUAACUGUACCCCAGAAGCCAGUGUGGCUGUGACACCGAAGACCAUCACUGAGAAGAUGCUCAUUUCCAUGACUCUAGUGAUCAUCACCACCUUGACAAUGUUGUUGAAUGCAGCCGUUAUCCUGGCCAUCUGCACCACCAAGAAGCUCCACCAGCCUGCCAACUACUUGAUCUGUUCUCUGGCUGUGACAGACCUCCUGGUGGCAGUUCUUGUCAUGCCUCUGAGCAUCAUGUACAUUGUCAUGGACAGCUGGAAGCUUGGGUACUUCAUCUGCGAGGUGUGGCUGAGUGUAGACAUGACCUGCUGCACCUGCUCCAUUCUUCAUCUCUGUGUCAUUGCCCUGGAUCGGUACUGGGCCAUCACCAAUGCUAUUGAAUACGCCAGGAAGAGGACUGCCAAAAGGGCGGGGCUGAUGAUCCUCAUUGUCUGGACCAUCUCCAUCUUCAUCUCCAUGCCCCCUCUGUUCUGGAGGAGCCACCGCCGGCUCAGCCCACCUCCGAGUCAAUGCACCAUCCAGCAUGACCACGUCAUCUACACCAUUUACUCCACACUGGGGGCCUUUUAUAUCCCUUUGACUUUGAUCCUGAUUCUCUACUACAGGAUUUAUCAUGCAGCCAAGAGCCUCUACCAAAAACGAGGAUCAAGCCGGCACUUAAGCAACAGAAGCACAGACAGCCAAAAUUCUUUUGCUAGUUGUAAACUUACCCAGACUUUCUGUGUGUCUGACUUCUCCACCUCAGACCCUACUACAGAAUUUGAAAAGAUCCACACUUCCAUCAGGAUCCCUCCCUUCGACAACGAUCUAGAUCACCCAGGAGAACGCCAGCAAAUCUCUAGCACCAGGGAGCGAAAAGCAGCACGCAUCCUGGGCCUGAUUUUGGGUGCAUUUAUUUUGUCCUGGCUUCCAUUUUUUAUCAAGGAAUUGAUUGUAGGUCUGAGCAUAUGCACUGUGUCCUCUGAAGUAGCUGACUUCUUGACCUGGCUUGGUUAUGUGAAUUCUCUGAUUAACCCCCUGCUCUACACGAGUUUUAAUGAAGACUUUAAGCGGGCCUUUAAAAGGCUUAUUAGGUGCCGAGAACAUGCAUAGAUGUAAAAAGCCAAAAGGCAAGACUUUUAUCAGCCUCAUGAAUGGUUAAGCGUGUAGGUACAACUUAAUAUUUUUUAGCAUAAUUGGUUCAGGAGAGGUUGUAAGUAUAUGUCAUCUUGAUUUUUGUUUGCUUAGUUCUGUUUUGUUUGAGGCUUGUUGUUUAGUGUUCUGUUUCUACCUCUGG